AUGUCGUUCAACAUCGAACCCCCUCCAGUAACUUGUUUUCUCUAUGGUUCCUCAGCCGUUUCUGGAAUCCGUCCAGAUCUAGAGACGGUUUUCAGAUCUGGCGGUGUUUGGGUCAGUACCGUCCUGGUAUUAUGUGAUCAUAAAAUGAACAAAUACUUGGCGUUAGCAAUAGCAGCAAGUUUUUGUUUGGCAAUGGUGGGAUUAAAACAUGUUAGCGACGCUCAUGUGGACCGUACCAGAGUGAAAGAGAAGGGUGAAGCACAAAAGUGGGCCAAAAAUGAAAGAGCAGCCCUAGCUGCACAGAGGGCAGUGGGACUUGUGAACCUUGCUGCUGAAAAGGCGCAGAGAGCAUUGGUUGAGGCUGCGGGGAAAGAGGGUAUUGAAACGCUGGUGGAGAUGGUGAAGGCUGUGGCAGAAGCUAUUGAGAGUGCGGCGACGGAAGUCAAGGAAACAAAGGAUUUGGUUGGGAAGGGUAAAGACAGAACUAUGUGCUGGUGGCCAACAGGAAGGCAUGACAAGCUUGUCAGUAUCGAUGAGCAAAAUCUCUUCCUCUGGAGCUUAGAUACUUCAAAAAAAAAAAAAAACUGCUCAGGAAGACUAAUUCAGUUGAGCGUGCCUAUGCCCGUGUCGACCAUGACACAAAAAAAGGAUUCGGAAAACCCGGCCAAGUGUCAUUUAGUAAUGCAAGCCGAGUGGAUGAGAAAUUGCCCACAUAAGUUAGCAGCAGUUGUGUCAUUACUUGAAGAUUGCCGUCAUCCCGAAGGGUUGCCUUUCCCUUCUAGUACGAAAUCAUCAGUGCUGGCUGAAAUUUCUCAGAUUGCUGGAACUGACUCAGCUGUAAAUUUAUGGUUGGCUUCUCUACCAAGCAAUGAAUUGUCUGACCUAUUGCAUCUUCUGACUCUUUGCAGCUCUGUUGCUGAACUUUCAUGUUUUGCUUUUGUUCAGGUCUUACUUGGAGUUCUCGUGAACCAUGGAUAUUUGCUCAUUGUCUUAUGA